AUGGACUAUAACCGGACCGAUGGAAAGGGUCGCACGUUCGCUUUAGCCGUUGUUCGACUGCCGGCCAAAGUACCUGUGACCGAUCCUCGAUAUGGAGGCGCGGUGUUGAUCAAUCCCGGCGGCCCUGGUGGCCCGGGAACAAUGCAAGCAUUUGUGUCGGGUCGCAAUCUCCAGCUUAUCGUUGAUGCGGAGGCCGACCCGGCUGAGUCCAGCGAGAACACGAUCGAUAAAUAUUUCGACAUUGUCGGAUUUGAUCCUCGCGGCGUGGGAUCCACUACACCGCCAGUGAUGUGUUUCCCAGACCCGGUGUCUCAGCGGAACUGGGAAUUGCAAGUUUCCGCCGAGGGCAUGUUGGGAAGCGCAUCGGAUUCAUUGCUGAGGAACUGGCAGCGGACUGAGGCGCUGAAUUCUGGUUGCUCCGUAUACGACAUGUCCCGCCUGGGAGCGGACGAGCAAAUGAUGUCCUAUCUCAACACACCGCUUGUCGCACGGGAUAUGUUGACUAUCAUCGAGCGCCACGGGGAGUGGCGCGAAAAGGAAGGCCAAAAGGCUCAAGCAAAUCAUAAGUGUCAUGGCCGGGAUGAAACAAGCGCGGUUUUGGAACGUACUCGAUGGCGCCGUGGAGAAGAGCCGCUUCUUUACUGGGGUCGCUCAUAUGGCACCCUACUUGGUACCACAUUUGCCUCCCUUUACCCGGACCGGGUGACGCGAGCUAUUCUCGACGGGGUCGUCGACAUGGUCACGUACUACCAAGGUACAGGACCGAAUCCGAUUGCUGAUGCGGAUGCCAUUUUUGAUAGAUUUGGUCAUUAUUGCAACGAGGCAGGCCCGGUUGGAUGUCCAUUCUAUAUAGACGGCGGUCCGGAAGCUAUCAAAGCAGCGUACUGGCAACUUGAACAGCAAAUUCUCAACCUCUCCCUCCCCGUGAUGGCAUCUGCGGCACGCGGACCCGAGGUUGUUACUUGGACGGACAUCAAAGCGAUCCAACGCGUUGCCAUCUACCAGCCGCUUCUGGCAUUCCCCAUCUUGGCGGACAGGAUGAGCGAAUUGGCUGAGGGAAACGCUGUCCCCAUGGCUGAUUUCAAGCAUGGCAAUCACUUUGGUGCCUGUCCAUCUAACAAAUGCAGUCGUGCUGGGCCUUGGUCGCCAGAGUGUGCGACUACACAGGAUAACAUGCUCUACGCCAUGUCUGGCAUUUUGUGUUCCGAUGCAGAGUUCAUGACCACACUCAAUGUAUCACAGUUUGAGGCGAACUGGGCUAGCCUCAAAGCCGACAGUGCAUCUUUGGGGGAUUACUGGGCGCAGUUGCAUUUGAGCUGUGUUGGGUGGAAGGCUAAGCCCAAAUAUCCAUUCACAGGGCCUUGGGGUACUACGACUGCCCAUCCUAUACUGUUCGUAUCAAAUACCUUGGAUCCAGCGACUCCUCUAAAGAGUGCCAAGCACAUGUCCCAGAUCUUCCCCGGGUCUGGACUACUUCAGCAAGAAUCGGAAGGACACACCACUCUUGCUGCCCCAUCUAUUUGUGUAGCAAAGUCUAUCCGCCAAUACUUCCAAACUGGUGACUUGCCUGUUGCAGGAACACUCUGCCAGGCUGAUCUGAAGCCAUUGGUUGGAUCUCCCAAUCAAGCCAUGAUUGUCAGUCAAACCCUCAGUCCGGCUGACCGUAAGCUCUUUGGGGCAUUGUUGGCAGAGGUGCAGCAAGGACCUAUUUUCCGUUUGUAA